CCACGGUGACUCCACCCUGCAGCUGCACUUGCUUUGCAGUACUGCAAUACCAGUGCUUGAUGUACACGCACCCUCAAGCCUCAAGGCCUCAAGGCUCAAUUGAACACGCUGAUUGCGACAUGUGCUGCGGUGUGUGUUACUACGUGUACAUAUACAUGAAGGCUGCUGCAUCAUGGAUCAGAUCGAUCACGAACUUGUUACCUAAGUGACUCAGUGAAUCGAAUCACAUACUCAUACUAUCAUACUGCGAUGCAGUCACGGUGGCUCUCUACUCUGACAUCAACGCUGCGACCAGUUACUUCUGGCGGCGUUGAAGUAUUCAUUCCUCUGACGAAAGUCUCACUGACUCGGAGACAGGCCCGCCGGGUUUGUUGCACUCUUAUCCUACGACGAACAUUGCAUUUUAACCUAGGACAAGGAUGGGGAGUAGUGAGAAAAUCACUUUUCGAUAAGCCGUCGCAAGUUGCGGGCGCGUUAUAUGAUAAAUUCGAUCACCCAGUCAUUCGUCAAGGCACUGCAACGGUCGGCAGCCUGACGAAAAAACUUGGAUCGUUGCCUACUUCAGCACACAUGCUGUACGGUGGUUCGCACUUUCCAAAUGCUGGAAAGUUUUGUUGGGACAAGGCUGCUGGUUUCGGUUCAGAUAUCCAGGGGUGUACAGACAAAUUCUUCCAGCAUGCCAGGGAAUUCUGUCCCUCUGACAAGAUGGCAGAAUUGAGGGAGUCUGUGGACAGCGUCGCCAGCACAGCCACGACGCUGUAUCAAGUCGUCAAAGAAGCCGCAGAACAAUGUGGCAUUCCUCUCUACACUAUAUCGAAUAACCUUGUAAACACCUUCAGUGUCCUAUUUGAAGAGCUCAAAGAACAGUUUCCACCACCUGGUGAAGCUUCUGGUCAUGAGAAGCGCAUGACCAUGAUGAACACGGUUCUUGAUCAUUUUGAGGAGUGUUUUCUGCAGGUUGUUGGCGAGCUCGGAGUGAGCGAGGAACUCCUUAAAAGUCUCACAGGUUCUCUCAAAACUGGUCUUAAACAUAUGCUUGUGACCAUCGGAGACAUCGACGAGCAGCAUCCAAAUCUCGUACGGGCCCUCUUGCGUAUCAUGAUUAGCAUGCUAUCUACCAAUGGCCCGGAGUCUCUUCUCACGAUUCUCCGCACAGUUGGGUUUGGGCCUUCGGGACCAAUGAAGGGUGGAAUUGCUGCGUGGUUGCAAGGGUGGUCGUCUGGCCCCGCCGUGCCAAAUGGCGACUGGUUUGCGAUGCUUCAGCACCUUGCCAUGAUGAGAAGAGCGCAACUGUAGAACUAGUGUGAGGAUUCCCUGCCCGUAGUCUAGAGGGCAGAGAACCAAUAUCACCUUACUAACAACAUGGUUUACCUGUCUGAUUUCCAAGGUUCUGGUAACCUCCUUACCGACUGUCAAGUCUUAACUGGGUCGGCUUUUACCCUUUACUACCUAGAGUUUCAGUACUCAGCACUACCAUCCUUACUGUAUAUCUUUGCCGACGAUCGUUCUUGUUUCAGUUCCCUCGCGCUGAGGUGAUUCUUGUAGUACAAAUCCUGCUUAACUUGUUCGAUCAAAAAAUAACUUUACAUUCGUCAAUUUGUUAUCAAGGGAUAC